AUUGGAAAUGUGAACUCAAAUAGCCCUGUCCAGCAGGGAGUUGGUAACCAAGUUCAAGGGCAGCCGAACAGUGCUAAUAUCGGCAAUCUGGGUGCUAUGGGUAAGAGCCCUUUAAACCAGGGAGACUCUUCUGCUUCAGGCCUGGCGAAGCAAGCAGCCAGCACCUCUGGACCUACCACACCUGCAUCGCAAACACUGAACUCUCAAGCACAAAAACAAGUGGGGAUGGUGACGAGCAGCCCUGCAACAUCACAGACUGGACCUGGGAUAUGUAUGAAUACUAAUUUCGGUCAGACACACCAGAGCCUUCUCAACAGUAAUUCUGGUCACAGUUUAAUGAAUCAACCUCAGCAAGGACAAGGGCAGAUGGCUGGUCACACCGGACUGAACACAGCACAGACAGGAGCAAUGACAAAAAUGGGAAUGACAGGUAACACUAGUCCCUUUGGGCAGCCUUUCAGUCAAACUGGAGGGCAGCAGAUGGGAACUACAGGAGUGAAUCCUCAGUUACCAACCAAGCCAGGCAUGGCAAAUAGUUUGUCUCCCUUUCCUACUGACAUCAAGAAUACUCCAGUCACCAGUGUGCCAAAUAUGUCCCAGAUGCAAACCCAAGUGCAGCAAGUGGGGAUUGUACCAGCGCAGGCAAUGGCAACUGGACCAACAGCAGAUCCGGAGAAGCGCAAACUGAUCCAGCAGCAAUUGGUUUUGCUCCUUCAUGCCCACAAAUGCCAGCGGCGCGAGCAAGCGAACGGAGAGGUGCGAGCCUGCGCCCUGCCGCACUGCCGGACCAUGAAAAACGUCCUCAACCAUAUGACACACUGUCAGGCUGGGAAAGCCUGCCAAGUGGCUCAUUGUGCGUCUUCACGACAAAUCAUCUCCCACUGGAAGAACUGUACUCGGCACGAUUGUCCCGUGUGCCUUCCUUUGAAAAACGCCAGUGAUAAAAGAAACCAACAGCCCCUUUUAGGGUCUCCAGCUGGUGGAAUUCAAAAUUCCAUUGGUUCUGUUGGAACAGGCCAGCAGAAUACUCCAUCACUAAGUAAUCCUAAUCCGAUUGACCCCAGCUCCAUGCAACGAGCCUACGCUGCCCUCGGACUGCCAUAUGGCAACCAGCCGCAAACACAGUUGCAGCCCCAGGUACAAGGCCAACAACCAGCACAGCCUCAGGCUCACCAGCAAAUGAGGACCAUUAAUGCACUGGGAGCCAACCAGAUGAACCUUCCCACAGGAGGAAUAACAACAGACCAGCAAGCUAGUCUAAUUUCUGAAACAGCUCUUCCAACAUCCCUUGGGACAAAUAACCCACUAAUGAAUGAUGGCACAAAUUCUGGCAAUGUUGGAAACCUCAGCUCAAUGCCAACAGCUGCACCUCCUUCUAGUACUGGGGUGAGGAAGGCAUGGCAUGAACAUGUCACUCAGGACCUGCGCAAUCAUCUAGUGCAUAAACUUGUCCAAGCCAUCUUCCCCACUCCAGAUCCAGCAGCGCUGAAGGAUCGCCGCAUGGAGAACUUGGUGGCUUAUGCCAGGAAGGUGGAAGGAGAUAUGUAUGAAUCUGCUAACAGUAGGGAUGAGUAUUAUCAUUUAUUAGCAGAAAAAAUCUAUAAGAUACAGAAGGAAUUAGAAGAGAAACGGAGGUCUCGUCUACAUAAGCAAGGGAUCCUGGGGAACCAGCCAGCCUUACAGACCCCCGGACCUCAGCCCCCUGGCAUCCCCCAGGUGGCUGCUGCCAUGGGCCAGGCACAGCCCGUGAGGCCUCCCAACGGACCUAUGUCCAUGCCAAACGUGCCUAUGAGUCGUAUGCAGGUUUCUCAAGGAAUGAAUCAGUUUAACCCCAUGUCCAUAGGGAAUGUACAGAUGCCGCAGGCACCCAUGGGACCCCGUGCAGCUUCUCCAAUGAACCACCCUGUACAGAUGAACAACAUGGGCGCCGUUCCUGCGAUGGCAAUGUCUCCUUCCCGAAUGCCUCAGCCGCAGAACAUGAUGGGAGCCCAUUCCAAUAAUAUGAUGGGGCAGGCUCCUACCCAGAACCAAUUCCUGUCUCAGAAUCAGUUUCCAGCAUCCAGUGGGACUAUGAAUGUGAACAACGUGGGCAUGGGUCAGACAACAGCCCAGGCAGGGGUAACACAGCAGGGGCAGGUUCCCAGUGCUGCUCUUCCCAACUCCAUCAACAUGCUGGGACCGCAGAGUGGGCAGUUGUCGUGUCCGCCGGUGACGCAGCCGCCGCUCCACCAGCCCGCGCCCGCGGUGUCCACGGCGGCGGGCAUGCCGCCCCUGCAGCACCAGGCACCCCCUGGCAUGACGCCUCCGCAGCCCGCAGCGCCCACGCAGCCAUCCACACCCGUGUCAUCUUCAGGGCAGACCCCCACGCCCACGCCAGGCUCUGUCCCCAACGCCGCACAGACGCAGAGCACGCCGACGGGGCAGACUGCUGCGCAGGCCCAAGUGACGCCGCAGCCUCAGACCCCAGUGCAGCCGCAGUCUGUGCCCACCCCACAGCCAUCCCAGCAGCAGCCGACGUCUGUGCAGGCACAGCCACCUGGCACUCCACUAUCCCAGGCAGCAGCUAGUAUUGAUAACAGGGUCCCCACCCCUGCCUCAGUUGCUAGUGCUGAUACGAAUUCCCAGCAACUAGGACCAGAUGCACCAAUGCUAGAAAGCAAAUCAGAAGUUAAAAAUGAAGAAACUGAGCCAGAGACUAGUGAGACACAAGUGGAAGCUAAGACUGAGGCUGAGGAGGAUUUACAAGGAUCUUCACAAACAAAAGAAGAAGCGGAUGGAACAGAAAUGAAACAGGAGCCGAUGGAAAUAGAAGAGAAGAAACCUGAAAUAAAAGUAGAUACUAAAGAGGAAGAGGAAAGUGGCACUAAUGGAACCACUUCACAGUCCACAUCACCAUCUCAACCCCGCAAAAAAAUUUUCAAGCCUGAGGAGCUGCGCCAAGCGCUCAUGCCUACCCUCGAAGCUCUGUACCGGCAGGACCCAGAGUCUCUGCCUUUCAGACAGCCUGUGGAUCCCCAGCUUUUAGGGAUUCCGGAUUACUUUGACAUUGUGAAGAAUCCCAUGGACCUUUCAACCAUUAAACGUAAAUUGGAUACUGGGCAGUACCAAGAACCCUGGCAGUAUGUGGACGACGUGUGGCUGAUGUUUAACAAUGCCUGGCUUUACAAUCGCAAGACAUCCAGGGUCUAUAAGUUUUGCACUAAACUCGCAGAGGUUUUUGAACAAGAGAUUGACCCUGUUAUGCAAUCACUUGGCUACUGUUGUGGGCGCAAGUAUGAGUUCUCUCCGCAGACCUUGUGUUGCUAUGGUAAGCAGUUGUGUACUAUUCCUCGUGAUGCUGCCUACUACAGUUAUCAGAAUAGGUAUCACUUCUGUGAGAAGUGUUUCACUGAAAUCCAGGGGGAGAAUGUCACCCUGGGUGAUGACCCUUCCCAGCCUCAAACAACCAUCUCUAAAGAUCAGUUUGAAAAGAAGAAAAAUGAUACACUAGAUCCAGAGCCGUUUGUUGACUGCAAAGAGUGUGGUCGGAAGAUGCACCAGAUUUGUGUAUUACAUUAUGAUAUUAUUUGGCCUUCAGGGUUUGUCUGUGAUAAUUGUCUGAAGAAAACUGGUAGAACACGUAAAGAAAACAAAUUCAGUGCUAAAAGGCUGCAGACUACUCGUUUAGGAAACCAUUUGGAAGACAGAGUAAACAAGUUCUUGCGACGACAGAAUCAUCCUGAAGCUGGAGAGGUCUUUGUCAGAGUGGUAGCAAGUUCAGAUAAGACAGUAGAAGUGAAACCAGGAAUGAAAUCCAGGUUUGUGGAUUCGGGUGAGAUGUCAGAGUCUUUCCCAUACCGUACCAAAGCUCUCUUUGCAUUUGAGGAGAUAGAUGGAGUAGACGUGUGCUUCUUUGGCAUGCAUGUGCAGGAGUAUGGCUCAGAUUGCCCACCUCCAAACACAAGGCGUGUGUACAUAUCAUAUCUAGAUAGUAUUCAUUUCUUCCGCCCACGUUGUCUCCGAACUGCAGUUUAUCAUGAAAUCCUCAUUGGAUAUUUGGAAUAUGUGAAGAAACUUGGGUAUGUGACAGGACAUAUCUGGGCCUGUCCCCCAAGUGAAGGAGAUGACUAUAUUUUUCAUUGCCACCCACCUGAUCAGAAGAUACCCAAACCCAAACGCUUACAAGAAUGGUAUAAAAAGAUGCUGGACAAGGCAUUUGCUGAGAGAAUCAUUCAUGAUUACAAGGACAUCUUCAAGCAAGCGACUGAGGACAGGCUGACAAGUGCCAAGGAGCUGCCUUACUUUGAGGGUGAUUUCUGGCCCAAUGUGCUGGAAGAAAGCAUUAAAGAGUUGGAACAGGAAGAGGAGGAAAGGAAAAAGGAAGAAAGUACUGCAGCUAGUGAAACAACAGAGGGAAGCCAGGGCGACAGCAAAAAUGCCAAGAAAAAGAACAACAAGAAAACCAACAAGAAUAAGAGCAGCAUCAGCAGAGCUAACAAGAAGAAACCCAGCAUGCCAAAUGUGUCCAAUGAUCUGUCUCAGAAGCUCUAUGCCACUAUGGAGAAGCAUAAAGAGGUCUUUUUUGUGAUUCAUUUACACGCUGGACCUGUAAUAAACACCCUUCCUCCCAUCGUGGACCCAGAUCCAUUACUUAGCUGUGAUUUGAUGGAUGGGCGAGAUGCCUUUCUCACCUUAGCCAGAGACAAGCACUGGGAGUUCUCCUCGCUCCGCCGAUCCAAGUGGUCCACGCUGUGCAUGCUCGUAGAACUGCACACGCAAGGGCAGGACCGCUUUGUCUAUACGUGCAAUGAGUGCAAACACCACGUGGAAACAAGGUGGCAUUGCACUGUCUGUGAGGAUUACGACCUCUGCAUUAACUGCUACAACACUAAGAGCCAUGACCACAAGAUGGUUAAGUGGGGCCUGGGUCUGGAUGAUGAGAGCAACAGCCAAGGAGAGCAACAGUCAAAGAGCCCGCAGGAGUCGCGUCGACUGAGCAUCCAGCGCUGCAUUCAGUCCCUUGUCCAUGCCUGCCAGUGCCGCAAUGCAAACUGCUCAUUGCCAUCAUGCCAGAAGAUGAAACGGGUUGUCCAGCACACCAAGGGCUGCAAGCGCAAGACCAAUGGUGGCUGUCCAGUGUGCAAACAGCUCAUAGCUCUUUGCUGCUACCAUGCCAAACACUGCCAAGAGAACAAAUGCCCUGUGCCAUUCUGUCUCAAUAUUAAACACAAGCUCCGACAGCAGCAGAUCCAGCACCGCCUGCAGCAGGCGCAGCUCAUGCGCAGAAGGAUGGCUACCAUGAACACCCGCAACGUGCCUCAGCAAAGUUUGCCUUCUCCUACCUCAGCAACGCCUGGUACCCCUACACAGCAGCCAAGUACACCGCAAACACCGCAGCCUCCUCCCCAGCCCCAGCCUUCCCCUGUAAGUAUGUCACCAGCUGGCUUUCCCAGUGUGUCAAGAACUCAGCCCCCUACUACUGUUUCAACAGGAAAACCUGCAAACCCUGUCUCAGCACCCCCACCUCCAGCCCAGCCUCCGCCGGCCGCAGUGGAAGCGGCUCGGCAGAUUGAGAGAGAAGCUGCCCAGCAACAGCAGCAGCUCUACAGGGUCAACAACAUUAACAAUGGUUUGCCUCCUGGGCGCCCAGGACUCGUAAACCCCACGGUGGGUUCAGUGAACCAGAUGCAGCAAGUCAGCAUGAAUGUACCCCGGUCUAACCCCGUCAGCGGGCCAGUGAUGUCCAACAUGCAGCCUGGACAGUGGCAGUCGCCUCCAAUGCCGCAGCAGCAACCAAUGCAGCCCGGAAUGGCAAGACCAGUUAUGCCGAUGGCAACACCAGGGCCGAGGUUGCCGGGCGUGCAACAGCCGCCACGGAGCAUCCCCCCAAAUGCACUUCAGGACUUACUGAGGACCUUGAAAUCACCAAGUUCUCCGCAGCAGCAACAGCAGGUUCUUAAUAUCCUUAAAUCCAACCCUCAGCUUAUGGCAGCUUUUAUAAAGCAGAGAACAGCCAAAUACGUGGCUAACCAGCCUGGGAUGCAGGCGCAAGCAGGCAUACAGCCCCAGCCUGGGAUGCAGCAGCAGCAGACUGGCAUGCAACAGCCGGGCAUGCACACCCAACCAGGACUGCAGAACAUGAAUGCAAUGCAAGCGGGAGUGCAGAGACCGAGUGUUCCUCCCCAGCAGCAAGGGAUAGGGGGUAUGAAUCCCCAGGGACAAGCGAUAAACAUCAUGAACCCUGGCCACAACCCGAGCAUGGCAAACAUGAGUCCGCAGUAUCGCGAAAUACUGAGGAGGCAAUUACUGCAGCAGCAGCAGCAACAGCAGCAGCAGCAAGGAGGGGCUGGCAUGGCAGGAGGGAUGGCGGCACAUAACCAGUUCCAGCAGCCUCAAGGACCAGGAGGUUACCCUCAAGCCAUGCAACAGCAACGCAUGCAACAGCAUAUAUCGAUACAGGGCGGGUCCAUGGGGCAGAUGGCUCAGAUGGGACAGCUGAACCAGAUGGGCCAACCCAGCAUGGGGGCAGAUGGCACUCCCAACAUCCAGCAGGCGCUGCAGCAGAGGAUCCUGCAACAGCAGCAGAUGAAACAGCAGAUAGGGUCCCCGGGGCAGCCUAACCCCAUGAGCCCGCAACAGCACAUGCUCUCAGGACAAGCGCAGGCGUCUCAUCUCCCUGGCCAGCAGAUCGCCACCUCCCUCAGCAACCAGGUGCGCUCGCCAGCACCCGUUCAGUCUCCCCGUCCCCAGUCCCAGCCACCACAUUCCAGCCCGUCACCAAGGAUACAGCCCCAACCGUCACCUCAUCAUGUCUCUCCCCAGACUGGUUCCCCCCACCCGGGACUCGCGGUCACUAUGGCCAGCUCCAUGGAUCAGGGACACUUGGGCAACCCAGAACAGAGUGCAAUGCUUCCACAACUAAACACCCCGAACAGGAGUGCGUUGUCUAAUGAAUUGUCUCUGGUCGGUGAUACCACCGGAGACACGCUAGAAAAAUUUGUGGAGGGUUUGUAGCAUUAUGGGAGCAUCACUUUUUUUCCUUUCGUGUUCUUGGACAUUUUGUACUGAAAAUUCAGACAUCUGGGUUGUUUUGAAUCCUGGAUGGAACUGCUGCUUCCUACCCGUGGAAGAAUGAAUUGCUGUUUAAAGAAAAGAAAACAAUACAAAGAAUAUAUUUUUUUGUUAAAGCCAGGCGGUUAAAAUAUCUGGUCUCUUUUGUGGGUUUUUUUGGUUUUUAUUUUUUUUGUUGCUGUUGACUCAUACCUUUUUUUUAAUGGGGAAAACAAGUUCAUUAUAUUCAUAUUUUUUAUUUGUAUUUUCAAGACUUUAAACAUUUGCGUUUAAAAGAAGAAAUAAUAUUCAGAAACUGUUUCCUGAAAUAAUACAACAUUAUAAUGUAUCCCGAUAACUUUGACAUGUUGCGGGAAGAUUUUUUUUUUCUAUAGUGAACUCUGCAGGCGUUUGAAGUAUUACCCCUGGAAAGAUAGGAAUUGACUCUUGCACACAAAAACACACAUUGGCCAACGCCAAAAUCCUUGUCUUGCAGAUGUAGAAAUUGUUGCUUUGUUUCUCUGAUAAAACUGGUUUUAGAUGAAAAUAGGGAUGAUCACUCUUAGACCGUGCUGAUUUGAAUAGAGAAGAAGCAUUCUUUUCUUUCUUUCUUCUAUGUGAAACUUGAAAUGAGGAAAAGCAAUUCUAGUGUAAAUCAUGCAAGCGCUAUAAUUACUAUAAAUAAGAAAAUCCAAGAAGAUUCAAUCACUGUAUAGAAUGGUAAA